AUGGCGCAACUAGUGGUAGCUGCAAGUGACGUCGCUCCCUAUCAACCGUCUCAAGAAGCUAGUGUUGGUUCGAACAAACGAAAGGAAAAAGAGAAGCUGUAUGUGAACACCCACGCAUCUGGCAAUUCGGUGGACAACGUUGGUAAACGGAAUCCUCCUAGCAAUCCUGAAGGCAAGCAGAACCAACCAAAACCGUGCCCAAUUUGUGGGAACAAGGUGCGAGACUGCGACGACUUCAAGAAGUGCAACCUGGAGGAACGUUGGAUGCGCGUUCAGCAGCAUUACCUAUGCAGACGGUGCCUGGUAGCACACGGAAAGUUCCCGUGCAAGGCAACAUCGUGUGGAAUGGAAGGAUGUGAUGAGCGGCACCAUAAGCUUUUGCAUCCUGGAAAGCCUCAGCCAGUAGUCCCAGCAAAACAGGCCACGGCGACCGAAACCGUAAACGUCCACACCGCUCUGAAGGUAUCCACGCUCUUUCGUAUAGUACCAGUGACGCUGUACAGUAACGAAAGAUCUGUCCACACGUUUGCGUUUUUGGACGAAGGGUCCUCGUCUACACUGGUCGACGUCCGUAUUGCCCAGGAGUUGGGAGUGAAAGGUGAAGUUCAUCCGCUUUACUUGCAAUGGACCAGUGAUGUUGAACGAUGUGAGGACAACUCUCAGCUGAUUCGACUCGAAAUCUCGGGUCGUGGGGCCAAGAAACGAUACGUCGUUGCAGCAGCUCAUACCGUGAAUCAACUGUGUCUUCCUCAACAAAGCUUGCCGUUUGAUGAACUCGCUCAACAGUUUCCGCACCUCCGUGGUCUACCCAUUCAAGGAUACCGCAACGCCACUCCAACAAUUCUGAUUGGUUUGGACAACACUCACCUGAAGAUUCCCCUUAAGGUACAGGAAGGCAGAGUCGGGCAACCAGCGGCGGCCAAAACCAGACUGGGUUGGACGGUGUACGGCCCUAUUCCUGGUGAAAGCUCUUCGACUCAGCAGUGUCAGUUUCAUCUGUACAAGGAAGCUCAAAACCCUGACGAUGUGUUACACGACCUUGUGAAGGAGUUUUUCUCGGUGGAGCACGUUGGUGUUGCUGUAGCUCCUUUGUUGGAAGGAUCCGACGAAAUGCGUUCCAGAAAGAUCCUUGAAGAAACGACUUUACGGCUGCCAUCCGGUCGGUUUCAGACAGGGCUGCUCUGGAAAUACGACCACAUCCACUUUCCAGACAGUAAGCCGAUGGCAGAGAGUCGGCUCAAAUCACUGGAGCGUCGUUUGAGGCGGAAACCUGAAUUGUUCGAGAACCUGCAGCAGCAGAUAGUCGAGUACGUGGAGAAGGGAUACGCACACAAAAUAACGCAGGAGGAGGUUCUCAGCUCGGAUCCCAAGAAAGUGUGGUAUCUUCCGUUGGGGGUGGUUGUUCAUCCCAAAAAGCCAGGAAAGGUUCGCAUAGUCUGGGAUGCGGCAGCGAGCGUCCAAGGCCAGUCUCUCAACUCUGCCUUGCUUCCAGGACCAGAUCUGUUGUCCUCCCUCCCGUCAGUGCUCUCCAAAUACCAUCAACGCCAGGUGCCAAUCUGUGGCGAUAUAAAGGAGAUGUUUCAUCAGUUCCAGAUCAGACCCGAGGAUCGACAGGCACAACGGUUCCUGUUUCGAAGUGACUUCUCCAAAACACCUGACAUCUACGUCAUGGACGUGGCCACUUUUGGUGUAACUUGCUCCCCCUCUGCUGCACAGUUCAUUAAAAAUCAAAAUGCGAAGGAUUUUGAGUCCGAAUUUCUCGAGGCUGCCACAGCGAUCGUCCACAAUCACUAUGUGGACGACUAUUUGGACAGUCGGGACACCGUCGAUGAAGCAGCAGAACUGGCACUGCAAGUGAAAACAGUCCAUGCUAAAGCCGGGUUUCACAUUCGGAACUGGAUGUCCAACUCCGAAGAGGUGCUUUCACGGGUCGGGGAUUCGGCUGACGAAUCUGCGAAGAAUUUCAAGACGCACUCAACUGCAGUUUCAGAACGCGUACUCGGGAUGAGCUGGUUUCCUGAAUCGGACGAGUUCGGAUUCCGCGGACUUUUCCGCGAACAACUAAUGCCCCUGCUUCAUGGAGAUGUGGUCCCAACAAAACGGCAGCUCCUCCAAGUGGUCAUGAGCAUUUUCGAUCCACUAGGUCUGGUGUCGCUCGCCGUGGUUCACGGAAAGAUCCUCGUUCAGAAGGCGUGGCGAGCAAAAAUCGGGUGGGAUGACAAAAUCAGCGAAGACUUGCUCGAACUAUGGCGUCGGUGGAUUGAGCUGUUGAGUCAGCUCGACACAGUUCGCAUACCACGGUGCUACUUCCCAGCAUACCUUCCGGAAAGCUACGAAUCUUUGCAGUUACACAUCUUUGUAGAUGCGAGUGAAGAGGCGUACGUGGCAACCGCCUUCUUCAGGAUCGUAGACCAGUCUCAAGUUCGCUGCUCUCUGGUAUCGUCAAAGACGAAAGUUGCCCCACUGAAGUUACUGUCAGUUCCCCGUCUUGAGCUCCAGGCUGCGUUACUAGGAACCAGAUUAGCAGAGUCUGUAGCGGAAAACCACACUCUGCGAAUCAAACAACGAUUCUUCUGGAGUGAUUCUUCCACUGUCCUUUCUUGGCUACGCUCGGACCAUAGACGAUAUCGCCAGUUUGUAGCGUACCGCGUGUCGGAGAUCCUGGACACUUCGAAAGUAGAUGAAUGGCACUAUGUUCCCUCGCACCUUAACGUGGCGGAUGAUGCCACUAAGUGGAAAGAGCGGCUCCAGAUCAGCAACAGUCAUCGCUGGUUCAGCGGACCAGACUUCCUGUACGAUCCUCCAAAGCAGUGGCCAAAACAGGAGGUGCAAUCUACCACAACAACGGAGGAACUGAGACCCAUUCACGUUCAUAGAGAGCUUCGGAAGGAACAAGUGGUGCAAUUCAGCCGCUUUUCCAAGUGGGAACGAUGUCUACGUGCUGUCGCCUACGUUCACCGCUUCGUAGACCAGCUGAAGCGGAAGCGGAAUAAAGCAGAAUCCGACGUAACAGCCAUCCUUACUCGAGAAGAGCUUCAGCGUGCGGAACAGACGGUUAUCAAGCAGGCCCAGUUCGAAACCUUCGGAGAUGAGGUGAUCACGAUGCGGAACAAUCAGACUCUACCAGUAGAUCAGCGUCAGCGCCUCGAAAGUUCAAGCAAGCUGUACAAACUGUCUCCUUUCUUGGACAAUCAAGGCGUAGUUCGAAUGGAAGGACGGAUCGACGGUUUCUCUGAUGCGACGUUUGAUUUCAAAUACCCUACUGUGCUGCCGAAGAACCACUACGUUACCCAGCUCAUCGUCGAUUCGUACCAUCGGCGGUACAAGCAUUCCAACGGAGAGACAGCAGUGAAUGAAAUGCGGCAGAAAUAUCACCUGCCGGAGAUGAGAGCAGCAUUUCGAAAGAUCAGCAAAACUUGCAUGUGGUGUAAGGUCUACAAGGCGACACCCGCAGUUCCAAGAAUGGCACCGCUACCGGAGGCACGAGUCACUCCCCGCAUCAGGCCGUUCAGCUUCGUUGGAGUGGAUUACUUCGGCCCGCUGUUGGUAGUCCAAGGUCGUCGUGAAGUGAAGCGAUGGGUCGCCCUCUUCACCUGUCUGACAAUCAGGGCGAUCCAUCUAGAAGUCGUCACCAGCUUAUCAGCGGAGUGCUGCAAGAUGGCAUUACGGCGGUUCAUAGCACGGAGGGGGGCACCUUCGGAGAUCUACAGUGAUCAAGGGACUAACUUCGUUGGAGUCAGUGGCGAGUUAAAGGAGCAAGUCAGAGCAGUCAACCAAGAGCUAGCAUCAACAUUCACCAAUACGGUCACCCAAUGGCGCUUCAAUCCUCCAGCUGCGCCGCAUAUGGGGGGGUCUUGGGAGCGCAUGGUUCGGUCGGUGAAGUGUGCAUUGGCUUCGCUAUCGGUCGAACGCAAACCUAACGAGGAAGUUUUGGGCACGUUGCUGGUGGAAGCUGAGUCGAUGGUAAAUUCGAGGCCGUUGACCUACAUGCCGCUGCAAACUUCGGAGCAUGCGGCACUUACUCCGAACUGUUUUCUCAUGCUGAGUACUAGCGGGGUGAACCAGCCUCCAACCCAGCUUGUGGACGAUAGGCAGACUCUUUACACCAGUUGGUUCCUGUGCCAACGAUUGCUGGACCAAUUCUGGACGCGCUGGGUAAAGGAGUACCUACCCACAAUCACCAGACGAACCAAGUGGUUCGUUGACACCAAGCCGGUUUCUGCCGGUGAUCUAGUGGUCAUCGUGGACGAUCGAGUCCGUAACAGAUGGAUAAGGGGACAAGUCCUACGCGUGUUCCCUGGACGAGAUGGCAGAUGUCGCAGCGCCAACGUACAGACAGCAACUGGUGUACUGCGACGUCCGGUGGCAAAACUAGCCGUCCUAGAUGUUGCUGGUAAUGCUCGAGAGGACACGGAGCAAUACGGGUCGGGGAAUGUUCAGGACGGCGCCAUAUCGACCGAAUAA